AAUUUCAAAACUUGAAGUAUUCUUGAUUAAUUCUCUUAUAAUUUUCCAACCCUUUAGCUUGUUUGGUUUUGUGGGUAGCCUUUGCGUUCUUGUCUUCUGCUUUUUGCAUUUGCAUCUGUGCAGAAGCAGAACUGCAUACACCUCCCAAGCUCUUUAAUUUCUCAGCUCGUUUUAUUAAAAUGGCCGACUUAUCUUCAGGCAAAGAUGAGAAAAACGUUGGAAAGACGGGUAGCUUCAAGAUAUUUGGAAAAAGUCCGGCACGUAGCUUUUCCAAGAAAAAUUCUAACCCUUUCAAGCGGAUGUUCUCCCGCACCAAGUCCGAUAAACCAGCAAAUGAAGCGGAUGUUGAAAUAGAUGAGAGUAGUAGCAAUGAAGAUCGAGAAGCAGGUGCUGAGGUGGCAGAUAAUGACACCAAUUACGUUGAAAAAAUCAUUCAUGAGAAACCAGUAGAAGUAGAUGAUGUUUUAAAUGUCAUCAAAGAGACUACUCAUACUAUCGUCAACAAAUUAGCAGAUGAUGUUAAAGAGACUACUGACUCUAUUGUCAAGCCAGCACAAGAAAAUGCUACAAAACUCGUCCAACACUUCGUUCAUCAAACGAUUAAUACAGAUCCUCUACCAGAAUCCAUAAAUCCUACAGCAGCAACUCAUGAAGAGAAGAAGCCCGAAUCGUUCCUUGAAAAAUUAAAGGGAGAAGUACAAAAAAUCAAUGAAGAGAUCAAGGACAAAGCCAUGGAGAGUGGGCUCGAAGAAUUACUAAACAAAGACAUUCCUAACCAAAAUGACAAAGCACUACAAGGUGAUCAACAAUCUCAAUCUACUCAAGAUGAGAAGGAAAGCCAAGACACUAGAAGCCUCAAUACAAAUGAAGCAACACAAGGAGAUAACCAAGAGAAUGAAAAGCAAGAAGAUAAUUGUGUAACAUCUUUAGCACAAGGGCUACAAAUGAUAUGUGCUCCAUGGAAUAAUAAAAAAGAUAAUUAAUGUUUGUUGGAUGUAUGUAAAUAUAUCCAAAUGGAUAUGUAUAAUUGGGUUUGUAUUUAACUUUGUAUUGCAUCCAAGGUUGUAUGAUGACCUUGAAGGUGUGGAGAUUGCAACAAAACUUUGUGUAUAUCAUGAUUUGAAAUUUUAUUAUGCUAAGAAGAAACUUUGAUCAUAAUGAUCAUUGCAAUUUGCAUCAAGUGUAUAAUUUUUUUCCUAAUUACUUUAUUCGUUCCUUAAAGAAA